AUGGCAGACAUGGACCCGGUGGCCCGUGCACGCGAGAUCGCGGCGCGUCUGGCGGCGGCGGCCAUUCCGGGCGGCGACGCUCUGGGCAAGCGCAAGAGCCGCUGGGAGGGUGACGUGGACGGCGGCGUGCGUCCGGCACCCGGCAUGGGUGAGAAGAAGCGCAAGAAAGUGUACAUCCCUGUGGACAAGUAUCCGGACAUUAACUUCAUGGGCCUGCUGAUCGGUCCUCGCGGAUCUAACCAGAAGCGCAUGGAGGACGAAUCGGGCGCGCGCAUCUUGAUUCGCGGCAAGGGUUCGUCCAAGGACCCCACGGGCGACCCGGACGAGAACGAGGAGCUGCACGUGCUCAUCACGGCCGACACGGACGAGGCUGUGGCCAAGGCACAGAGCGCCGUGGAGGACAUUUUGUUCAACCCGCAGCAGGCGAUGAAGCUCAAGCAGGAGCAGCUGCGCAAGGUCGCGGAGCUCAACGGCACGUUGAACGAUAACUACGGCGGCCCGAGGGAUGGCGACAGCCACUCCGGUGGCGGCAACGCCCACUACGGCCCCGGAAGCAGCGAUGGACAGUCGUCGUAUGACAUGAAGGUGCCCCGUGAACUGGUGGGAUACAUUAUUGGCCGCGGCGGCGAGACGAUCCGCGACCUGCAGAUGAAGAGUGGAGCUCACAUUCAGAUCGUCCGUGAAGAGGAGGGAGCCCCGCAGACUCCGGACCGUUUUGUAAACAUCACGGGCAACCAGGAUGCGCUGGAUCUUGCGCAGAGACUCAUCCAGAACCUCAUUGACGAGCGACAGCAGAACCAGGGUGCCGGUGGUUUCCGCGAGCGUGACGACCGUGACCGCAUGGCGCGCUACGGCGGCAUUAACCCGGACGGCACCGACUCGGUGGAGCUGCUCGUGCCGAAUGAGCGUGUUGGACUGAUUAUUGGCCGUGGUGGUUGCACGAUCAAGGCUAUUCAGCAGCGUACGGGCACGAGCGUAACCAUUCCGCAGACGCCGGACCCGAACCACCCCGAUAUGCGUCUGAUCACCAUCCGAGGCACGAUGGAGGCGAAGGAGGCUGCCAAGUUCGAGAUUCAUUCUAUGAUUAACGAGGAGCCGGGCCAGCGUCAUGGCUACGGCAUGGCUUCGGGCCAAACCAUUUACAUGCAGGUGCCCAACGACCGAGUGGGUGUUAUCAUCGGCAAGCGCGGAGAAACGAUCAAGGGCAUUCAGGACCGCCACGCUGUGCGCAUUCAGAUCCCGCAGGUGCCGGACCCGGGCUCGAACCCGCCCGUGCGUACCAUCUCCAUUCAGGGUCCGCCUCAGAACCUCACUGGGGCGAAGGAAGAGGUCGACAUGGUGAUCUUGCAGGGUGCUGGCACUCAUGGCUACGGUGGUGGCGGCGGUCGCUAUGGAGGCGACAGCAGCUACGGUGGAUCUGGGAGCUAUGGAGGUCAGUCUGGCAGCUACGACCAGCAGCAGCAGCAGUAUGGCAGCUACGGAGCUCAAGGUCAGCAGGACCAGUACGCUGCGUACUACCAGCAGCAGGGUCAGCAAGGCCAGUACUACCAGCAGGACGCCUCUGCGUCUACAACGGCAGCGGCUGCUGGCGGUGAACAGGCGGCUGCAACCACCGCCGACCCGAAUGAUCCGAACGCGUACUGGAACGGCUACUACGAGUACGCCGCGUACUACGGCGUCGAUGCGGCUAACGCGGCGUGGGGUGUCACCGGUGCUGCUGCUCAAGCUAGUGCCGAGGCGUACCAGCAGUACCAGCACCAGGCUGGCGUGGCUGCUGGCGCCGAUGGUGCUGCCGCCGCUCCAGGUGAUGCCUCCUCUGCUCCGGGCGCCGAUGCCGCCUCUUCUACUACUGCUAGCGAUGCCGCCACGCCCUCGACCGCACCUGAUAGCGGUGCUGACUCGACCCCCGCAAGCGCACCUUCACAGGUUUGUUGA